AUGACUCGGGACCAACGAUCCAAGGAUAACUGGGCUCUCUUGCAUGCGGUGGACCUGGCCGCCAAGAAGGGAGUGCCAGUGGCUGUUGUGUUCAAUCUGGUAACGGCAUACAUGCACGCCGGCGCACGUCAGUUUGGCUUCAUGGUCCGGGGUCUGCAGCACCUGGAACAGAGCCUGGGCAAGCUCCACAUACCCUUCUUCCUCCUCAAAGGGGACCCUGUCGAGAACAUCCCCAGGAUCGUGAGGGACGCGGGGGCCGGAGCCCUGAUCACUGACUUUGGGCCUCUCCGUCUGGGCCGGCAGUGGCGUGCUGGGGUGGUAGAGAAGAUCAGCAUCCCGUUCUAUGAGGUCGAUGCACAUAAUGUCGUCCCCGUCUGGAUUGCCUCAGACAAGAGGGAAAGCGCGGCCCGGACCAUCAGGCCCAAGAUCACUCGCCUGCUGCCCGAGUUCCUGGUGGAGUACCCCGAGCUCCGAGCACAGACCGUCGGCUGGACCGGCAUGCCGCCCCCACGGGUGGACUGGGAUGGGAUCCUUGAGGAGGCAUUGUGUGGAAAAGGGGGCUUCCUCACGGAUCAGCGGCUUAAGAAGUACAAGUCAUUCAGGAACGACCCAGCCAUUCCAGAGGCCCUCUCGGGCCUAUCGCCGUUUAUUCAUUUCGGGCAGCUGUCGGCGCAACGGGCUGCCCUGGAAGCCAGGAAGCAUCGCGGCAAGCACAAGGAGUCCGUGGAUUGCUUCCUUGAGGAACUCAUCAUACGGCGGGAGCUAGCCGACAACUUCUGCCAUUAUGAGCCCGAGUAUGAUAACCACAAGGCAGCUGCAAAUUGGGCCCUGGAGUCCCUGAAGCUCCAUCAGAAGGACAAGCGGGAGUUCACGUACACCGAGGAGGAGUGGGAGAAGGGUAAGACGCACGACAAGCUCUGGAAUGCAUCUCAGUUGGAGCUCAUAUAUGGCGGCAAAAUGCAUGGCUUCAUGCGCAUGUACUGGGCGAAGAAAAUCCUGGAGUGGUCCAACUCAGCUGAAGAAGCCCUCAAGCUGGCCCUGUACCUGAAUGACAAGUACGAGAUCGAUGGACGUGACCCAAACGGCGUGGUAGGCUGCAUGUGGGCGAUCUACGGCAUCCAUGACCAGGGCUGGACUGAGCGUGCUGUGUUCGGGAAGAUCCGGUACAUGAACUACAACGGCUGCAAGCGCAAGUUUGACAUUGAGAAGUACAUCGCUCGGGUCGAGGUGACCGUGAGGGAGGCCCGCAAGGCGCACGGGAAGGUGCAGCCAAAGACGACAGCGGUGAUAGGCAGUAGCGAGGCCUGA